AUGGAGCGGGAGCUGAACACGGUACCCUCCUCGAGCACCUCAGGGCCUCCCCCCUAUCUUCCUCCCCGGCCUACACUCACCCCUCUAAUUCUAAAUAUGCACCCGAUGGUCGGCCUGUUCGUGCUCUGCCUCGCCGUCUCGUUGACGUUGGCCAGCCAGCAGCCGGAAGUGAGCGUCGCCGAGCUGUGCGAGAAGUCGGACGACACGCGGGAGCUGUGCGAGCGAAUCUUCUCCGCCCUGGCCCACUCCGAGCGACAGAUGGAGAAGCGGAAAGCGUCGUUCAUCCGGUUCGGCAAGCGAUCCGCCCCCAUGGAGAUGGCAGAAGACAGCUCAGAGGAGCUGCGGCCAGCCCUGGUCGACAAGAGGAAGGCGUCGUUCAUCCGUUUCGGCCGCAAG